GAUCAAUCAAAGAACAUUCUGGAGUGUCUGCGACAACUAACACAAAAAUACAUAUAAUAAUUUCAUUGUUCAUAAAAAAAAUUGCAAGCACCACCAUAUCAUUAGACAACGAGUUUAUCUCUUCUUCUACUAGAGUUCUCUUUUCUCUGGGUAGUGUAAUAUCAUUAAUCAAUGGCUGACGCUAUCUUUGGAUACCCUUUCAGACGCUUCAUCUGGGGUCACCCUCCAAUUUUCAGAGAAUGGUCUGGCUCAAUAGCCCUCUUAGAUUGGCUCGAAUCACCCACUGCCCACAUCUUAAAAGUUAAUGUUCCAGGAUUCAGCAAGGAAGACAUAAAGGUGCAGAUUGAGGAUGGGAAUAUUCUUCACAUCAAAGGGGAAGGUGGGAGAGAGGAGCCUCAAGCAAAGGAGAAGGAUACUGUUUGGCAUGUGGCUGAGAGAAGCACUGGAAAGGGGGGUUUCUCAAGGGAAAUUGAAUUGCCAGAGAAUGUGAAGGUGGAUCAGAUUAAGGCACAGGUGGAAAAUGGAGUCCUCAGUAUAGUUGUGCCUAAAGAUGCAACACCCAAAACGCCUAAAGUGAGAAAUAUUAACAUCACUAGCAGGCUUUAAUUUAAGGUUUUCAAAUCUAGAAUAUGUUUAUAUGAAUACUAAUUGAGAACAAAAAAAAAAUGUACUAAUGAUGUAACGAUUAAGACCAUGUGUGUUUAUAUUGUGACCUAGCCCUCUUUGAUUGAUAUGAACCUUGUGUAACUUUCAUGUUACUAUAUAUGCUGAAACCUUUUGCUAAAUAAA